AUAAUUUUUCCAAGAGAAAAAAAGAUUUCUUCUUGCGUAAAAUCCCUGCCAUUACUCAAACAAACACAACUGCAUCACGAGCACGAGCACGAGCACCUGCACCUCCCCCACACACUCCAAUUAUUCUCUCUCCUCUUUUCUCCUUUCUAUCUCUCUCCUCACCUUAAAAUUCCCACAAAUCUAUUUCCCCCCUUUUUUUCCUUUUUUUUUUUUAUCAUUUGUUUGUCAUCUUCUUCUUACCUUCUUUUCUUGCUUUCUUUCAUUUCUGGGUACUUAAUUUAUGAGCUCCCCUAACUUAUUUAUGGCAUUUCACGGAUCUUCUUGAUCAACUUUAUCCUCCUUUUUCUCUGUAAAUAAUUUCCCCAUUUUUUUCAAAGGAUCUGUAAUUGGGUUUUUCUAGCUGAAGGUGAACAAUUUUUGUAAGGUGUCGCUUGUUUGUAACAUCAUCAAGGGAGGCAGGAUCCUGUAUAAUUAAACUGUAGCUUGUACUGUAGUUAGUCAAAAUGUUUGGAGGCAACAACAGCAAUCAUGCGCUUCCUAUGUUUCUGGGCGAGAACCGCUAUCAGCUAAAUGCUAAUGCACCAACCCAUCAACUUCAGCUCUUUGGGAAUUUACCUGUGGGAUGUACAGUGGAUCCAGUAAAUUAUUUUGGUAAUGAACAAAAUUCAUCUAUUCUUCGGCCAAACAAACGAGGUAGAGAGGCUGAAGAUCUUUCGAGGCAACAGAAGCUCCAGAUUUCUCUGAACUAUAACCUCUGUCAAGAUGAAGUUGAUCGUUCAGCAAGCAUUCCAAACCAUAAUCCGGUAUCAACUGGGCUAAGGCUUUCGUACGAUGAUGAUGAACACAACUCAUCCGUCACAUCUGCUAGUGGAAGCAUGACGGGAACACCCUCCAUCCUCAUGUCACUUGGUGACAAUAUGAGGAGUGAGCUUGAACGGCAGAAAGAUGAAUUUGAUCAGUAUGUCAAAAUUCAGCAAGAGCAGUUAGCAAAGGGAGUUAGAGACAUGAAGCAAAGACACAUGGCUUCCUUUUUAAACUCUAUAGAGGACGGCAUAAGCAAGAAGCUUCGUGAAAAGGAGACGGAGUUGGAGAAUAUGAACCGCAAGAACAGGGAUCUUAUGGAUCGAAUAAAGCAGGUAGCAACUGAAGCGCAUAAUUGGCAUUACCGAGCGAAGUACAAUGAGUCCAUGGUUAAUAUCCUUAAAAGCAACCUUCAAAAUGCGAUAUCUCAGGGUGUUGACCCAGGGAAGGAAGGUUUUGGAGACAGUGAGGUUGAUGAUGCAACUUCUUAUAUUGACCCAACAAACUAUCUUACAACGGUUGGAGGGCGGGGAAAAUCCAUUGCAGUGCCCAGUUCUGAGCAUUUGACCUGCAGAGCUUGUCGGUCUCGAGAGGUAUCAAUUUUGCUGAUGCCGUGUAGGCACCUGUGUGUGUGUAAGGAAUGUGAUGGAUUCUUAAGUGUCUGCCCAGUCUGCAAUAUCCCUAAAAGUGCUAGUGUGGAGGUAUACCUGUCUUGACAUUAGCUUCCUGCUGAUAUUACGGAGUUUUCCAUGUAUGUCUUACUGACUUGUAAACUUGGCUGAAAUACCAAAUGCUGGUGGAAAUGAGCCUGUGACUCAGCUAUCUGCAUUUGUUAUUGAGGUUGUUAAUGAAUGAAAUUUAAACCCAAAA